CUCGCUCAAGCAGACCCCAGCCGAGUCGGGGCUCACCGCGCUGAAGACACGAUUGAAUCUGCAAUGCGAUGCUUCACGACGAUGGACCGGUGCUGGGCGCCGCCGGCCCAUCGUCGGAACCUCCGCUCGCGAAGCGAGCGCAAGGCGUCCAAGCAGCUGCUGCUCACGUCUGCGGAUCAGCCCUCGGCGGCCGCACCCGCGGUGCCGGCGAGAGCAGGGGUGAUGCCGCCGCGGCCGCCGCCACAAGGCCGCAGCAUCAGUGGGGCGCGCGAGGGAAGCAGCAGCACGGGUCCACGCCCGCCCGACGCGGAGGUGGUGGAGGGCUCCACUGCGGCCGCGACCGCGGCCGACAUGGCGCGGCGCGAGGCCGCGGCGCAGCGCGGCGGCCACUCGGAGGAGCCGACUGCGCUCCGCAUGGCUCUGCGCGCCGUCCGCUCCUGGCUAGGGCUCAGCCGUGGCGGCGGCUGGAUGGUGAGCCUGGGCCUGUUCUGCUCGGCUGUGCUGUGGGUGGUGUGCGCGGUGGGGCUGCUCGACACGCAGGGCACCCUCGUGCAGCGCACCUUCGCCCUGCUGGCGGGCGCCCUCGCAGUGCUGCUCACGCCCUACUCGGGCUUUGGCUUCCGCGCGCGCGCCGUGCACGCAAUCGCGCCCGUCAUCCCGAGGCCGAUCCGGCUGGUAUUCCGGGACGGGUCGACGCUCACGCUGCACCACCGGCCGCCGCACGGCCUCCCGUGGGAGACCGGCUUCGAGCCGCCCUCGAGCCCGCGCGGCGGCGCGCCCGCCUCGCCAUGGGCGACGCCGGCUGAGACGCUCGAGGUGCAGCUCGUUCGCUUCAUCCGCGAGCACGGGCUGAGGCCGCGGAGCAUCGAGAAGAAGUUCCGGGCGGCGUGCGAGUACAAGGAGAAGAACAUCAACAACAGCGAGGUGAUGAGCGUGCUGCAGCCGAUCGCGUCCACGCGCUGGAUGGCGGCGAGCGAGAUGCCCGACGGCGAGUGGGCGACGCAGUACUGCCCGAUUGGCAUGCACUGUGGUUUUGCGAAGAACGGCUGCCCGGUCAAGAUUGAGCGGCUGGGCCGCUUCGACCUCAAGGGCAUCACGAGCACGCCAAACUACCGCAAGAAGCUCAACGCCUUCUACCUGGGGCUCGUGGAUUGCCUGCAGCGGCGGCUCGACCAACACGCGGCCGACACGGCCAACCUGACCGAGGGUCAGACGUACGAGAUCUUCGACCUCGCGGGACUGGGCACGCACAUGCUCACCUUCUCCGCGCUCAACUUCACGAAGGACGUGCUCUCCGCCUUCGCGACGCACUACCCGUCCUCCUUCCGCAAGGCGACCGUCAUCAACGCGCCCGGCUUCGCCAACGGCGCCUGGCGGAUGGUCUCGACGGUGCUGCCAAAGUCGGUCAAGGAGAAGGUAAACAUCAUGGGCGCGGACUACAUGGACGUGCUGCGCGCGGAGCUAACCGAGGAGGCGCUCUACUGGGUCGACGCGCCAAACGAGGAGCUGGUGCACGCGCCUCGCCGAGCCGGCGAGGCGGUGCCCGAGCCGAGAGAGGAGGCGGCCGGCGCGCCCGCGGUCGCCGCGAUUGGCGACUCGCCUCGCGACGGCGCCUCCCCGUGAGGGCGGCCAGAGCGCCACCACCGGGCGCGGCAGCAGCUCGGGCUCCGUGCAGCAGCUCGGGCUCUGUCGCGCCGUGUAGCGUGGGCGGGUGGUGGUGGUGCGGUGCAGGUAUGCGGCCGAGGAGGUCCAACGAGGCUUCUAGCGGUGCAGAGGAGGGUGCAGCCAGUAUAUGCCCGCCGCACGGCCCGGGGCUCGUUGGACUUGGAGGGACGUGUGGCUGUGCGGGGGGGCGAGGUGCGCCGACGCACGUAGUUGAAGGCUGUUUAGGUGGUUGCGCGUUGCGCCAAUGCGUGGCAAUGAGCACAUUUUGUCUCGCUGACCCGCGAGCCGGGUAUGUUCAAUCGUGUGCGAGCGCGGGGGCGCGGGCGCGGGCGGCGCCGCGCCCAUUAAAAAGCAUUAGAGCCGUACAUCCAUGU